AUGGAAGUGCGAAAGGCCAUUUCCCAACACAGACCAAUGGAGCACUGGAGUAAAGAGGAGGUAGAAGCAGUCCAAAAAGCCUUUGAACAAAGCUUGAACAACUUUGAGAACAUGGCACAGUCCGCAGAUUCUCAAGGCAAAAUUUUCUUCGCCAAAGAACAUGCCCAAUGGAUAGCAGAUCCUGCUGUAAUCAAUCAUUAUAUCUUGAAGCAUAAUUACCAGGCAUCUUUGCGUCUCGGCAUCCAAGUUCCGACGCCAAAGGGCGCUGAGGAGUGCUUUUCAAUGAAUGAUUUUACUAUAUUCCCGGACACGUACCUGGAGACUUGGACAGUGACCUUUCUUAUACGCCAUCCAGCCUUAGCAUUGCCAUCCUUCUACCGGGCUGCUGCAAAUCUAGAGAAAGAAGGAUUUGCUGGACAUCAUGAGAUCCAACCACUGAUGGAGCUGCACUCAACUCUCAAAUGGACUAGACUGCUCUACGAUUGGUGCUGUGAACGUGGCACCCAGUCAAUCUUAGCGGAGCAGCCUGACAAAUGCUUUCCGAUACUCUUGGAUGCUCAGGAUGUCAUCCAUCGCCCGGAGGUUGCUUUGAAGUACUGCGAGCUCAUAGGGAUGUCCCCAGCGGAAGUUAAGUUUGCCUGGGAUUCGGCAGAAUCUGGAGACUCUCAGUAUAAUGUGCCCGGAGUCGGUCCUAAAAGUCCCGAGGACGUAAUGAUGUCAACGCUAAACCAUUCGUCUUGCCUAAUAAAAGAGAAAACGCCGGCCACUAUGGAUAUUGCCCUGGAGAGAGGAAAAUGGGAUGUGGAAUUUGGUGAGAGCCUAGCAAAGCAAAUGGAACAAUGGGUUAGGGAGGCAAUGCCAGACUACAAUUACCUCUGGGCUAAAAGGCUGCAAGUGGGCCAGCGGAAAAAAUGA